AUGCUAAAAUAGAAGUUGGUUUAAUUAUAAUAAUAGCGAAAGGAUCUUGAAGAUCAUAUUGAACAACUCAAUUAACAACUAUAAGUUUAUUAUGAUAAGGGAUACAAUAAAUCAUUAAUAGACGAAGAAGGAUUUCCCAGAUAGGAUCUAGAUUUUGGUGAACUAUCUACAUACAAAAAUUUAAGAAGAGAAUUCAAUGAAAAAAACAAUGACUACAAAGAUUUGAUGAAGCUUCUUGAACAAACAAUGAUAUCAUAUCAUUAGGAAUUGUAAAAUGAUCCUAAUCUCAAUAAUGAAAUAGAAGCAUACACCUAAAAAUGGAAGGAACAACAAUAACAGUCAAAAUAAAUACAAUAAUAGCAGUAGUAGCAAUAACAAUAACAAUAAUAACAACAAUCAAGUAGUUCAUAAAAUUAGAGGAAUGAAUAUUCCAAGUAAAAUGAAAAUGACCUAAUUAAACCCUUUGCUUAUUUAGAGGAUGUAAUCAAAGAUUCACCUGCAGAUAAGGGAGGUUUUAAAAUUAAUGAUUUUUUGAUUAGAUUUGGGAUAAUAGAUCACAGCAAUCACAAUAGAUUAUAAAAUCUUUAUGAAUACAUAAAAAAUCAAUAGAAUAAACAGGUAAAUGUGAAGAUCUUACGUUUACUCACAUAGUAAGCAAAUGUGACUAACAUUGACUUUUCAAAAGAAUCAUAUAUCAUAAUGGAUUUAACUAUAACUCCUUAAACAUGGAAUGGAAAAGGAUUAUUAGGAUGGAAAAUGAACGUGAUUUGA